CCCAUUUGAUUACAUACCUCAUUCCGUGAGCGUGUAUUUACGCGUACGUGAGUGUGCGUAUGCAUAUCGUCCGCUUUCGGAGACAAGGAAGGGCAAAGAUAGAGAGGUGCAGUCGAAACUCUAUAGUUGAGAAAAGGGUAGAGGUAGAGGGACAAUAGCGGUAGCAUAGCGGUAGAGAUCGGGUGGAGGUAGCAAGCAGGCAGUCAACACACAAGAGAAUCAACAAAGUGAAAACUGUUUAAAUAUUGCCGAUUUGGAGUGCAUCAGAAUUUUGACUCGAGUGUAAAUAGGGUUUACGAGUGUCAUGAAGAGGCAUGCGUAUGAAAUGAGCGGAUACAUUACAGUGUCGCAAGUGAUAAUAGAACAUUUGGAACACUCGGAACAUGCAAUAUUAAAAUCAUUACGGCGGAUGCUGCCUGCAAAAUAAACGUUGUGCGAAGUGUAUGUAGCUUACCGUCUCAUCUACUAAGAAAUUUGAACUCAACAUGCGGCGUGCUCGAAUAAAAGCUGUAGCUAAUGUUCCACUGCGACGGAAAGCUACUCAAGAUGCUUCUCAACCAGAACCAUCACAACCAGAACUAUCUCAACCUUCCAGCCCUAAGGUGGAAGGUACUGAUAAAGUUGCAGCUGCAGCUGACAUCGAAAAGCCAAUCAUUCCUAUUAUCGCUGAGGAAUCAGACUCUGCGAACGUAGAGUCACAAACACCAUUAUCAGUAAAAGUAGAUCAGGAAACAACAUUCGCUCCUGUGAACGAACAGAACGAAAACAAUGAUAUUAAUAAAUUGUCAGAAGAAUCAACUAUUCUAUCUCCUGAGUCUACUUUUGCGGCCCUCGCAUCUCCUCCUUACCGAUCAGAGUCCAUUAAAUCAGAUUCCGCCUCAAUAAAGUCACCUGCGUCACCUUCAAAAUUAUUACAAAACAGAUCAAGAUUUGUCAGACCUGUUCCAAGACUGGAUGGUAGCGGUAGAAUACGUAGGAAUAGUAUACAAGGAAGUGGCGCCAGUGCAAGCGAAUCGGAAGACGAUGGCCGGAGACCUAUUUCUGCAGUACCUAAUCGUAUCAGGAACGACUCGUGUUGCUCGGUGCAGAGUAACAGGGACCCCAUAGUUAAUUCCAAUGUCAAUAAUGUACCAGAAUUCAGGCCGUUACCAAAAAGAAGAAUGGUCAUUUCAGAAUCUGCUAGAAAGUUAGCAGAGGCUAGACGAGAGUUUUUACAUAAACAUGGAAAGAAAACACCAGAUCGAAAUAAACUGACGAUGUAUGAUCUGAUAUACUACAAUCCUGUGACAAACCCGAUGAAAAAUCCAGACACGUCAACCCCGGCAAUGAGAAUGGAACCUGUUUCUAUGUCAAAUGAUGACAUCGAGCAUACUGAAGAGGAAAAUGUGGAUGAACCAGCUGCAAUGCCAGUACCACAAGUGAAAGUUGGACCGGAUGGUCAAUUAAUUAUUGACGAGCAAAGUCUGGUCAUAGAACAAACUGGAACAAAGAAGGGACGCGAAGCAUUGGCUAACUCAGAGGUAGUAGUAGACGAAGGGCGUACUGGUAAUGGAUUUUACAAGCGACCUAAGAAAAGCAAAGAAUGGCCAAAAUGGGAAACCUUAAGAUUUUAUAAAGCUUUGAAUACAAUUGGUACAGAUUUUCUUCUUAUGCAAAGCUUGUUCCCCAAUCGAUCUAGACAAGAAAUAAAGUUAAAAUUUAAGAAGGAGGAAAAAACAAACAGACCAUUAGUUGAAAAAGCAUUGAAAUAUCAUCAAGAAUUCGAUACAGAUGCAUUGCAGGAAGAACUUGCAAUUUUCGCGGAAAAAGAAAAACUUGAAUUGGAGGAAAAGAACAAAGCAAAAGAAAACAAGACUAAGGAUAAAGAGAGAUCGAAGACUAAAAAGAGGAAGAAAUGUGCAUUUGUUACUUCAAGCAUUGGGCAAGAUGAAGAAACUGAAGAAGAAGAAGUAGACGAAGUCGAAGAUCAAAAUUCAGUUUCGGGAGAACUGGUAAAAUCGGAAACAAACAACAAUUUGAGUAUUGAAAAAUCGAAAACCCGUAAGAAACAUAAAAAAAACGUAUCGAUAGAGGAAGCUUUGGAUGAUUUAAUGCAAGGUGCAGGUAUCUUCAGUGAUUCUGAAAGUGAAACUGAAAUUUAUGAAGUGAAACCGACACGUUCCGGUAGAUGCCCAAAGAUUAGAAGAUUACAGGCUCCUGAUAUAAACAAAAUGGAUGAUCAUCAUUCAGACGAUAUUUUGAAUGAAGAUGAAAAUAUCACGGAAGAAUGUGUUACACCGGAAAUAGAAAAAUCUGAAUUGAUUUCAGAUGCCUCUGUCAAAGAGGGUGAAACUAUGGAAGAUCCCUCGGAACAUGUAGAACAUAAGAUUCCUGAUAUAAGUAAGGCAGAACCUGGUUCCUUAGUAAUUUUGUCCAGUGAGUCGCCAGAUGAACCGGGGAAAACCAUGUUACAAGUUUAUAUGGUAAGUCCGAAUCCAGAUCCAACGAUGGUGAGCAGUAAACAAAAUAUCCCACCGAUUGAAUUAUCACCAGAACUUCUAGCUACGGUCACAACUAAAAUAUCGAAAAAUGAUCCACCGAACGUCGAUGCACAACAGUCUGUAAAUAUGACAUAGCAUAUUUAUUUACUCUUACGACUUACUUGUAUCAAUUUCGACGCAGCUGCAGUUUUAACGCGACUUCCAUUAUUCAUUCACUUCUAGAAUAAAAUUAUCUUAUAAUAGAUGAGUGACAACUUCAAAUGAUCUAUAAAUGCAGACAAAUAUUUUCGCGAAUGGAAACGAUUGUUUCAAAUUUCAAUAUUACAAUCUUUACAAAUUUCAAUAUUAGAGGACUUGGAAUUUGGAUGCCACGUUUAGUUAUUCAAAAUUCACAAUAAUGCCUGCAAGCAUGUAUUGACUGGUUGAUAAAAAUUGAGUAAAUUGUCAUAUUUUCUCAGUAUUUUGCCAUGUAUUACUCCAUGUGUUAACUGAGGAUAUCUAAAGAUCGCUAGAUCCUAUGAGAUCAAUGUGCGGAAUGCUGGAUAGGCGACAGAAGGUGAGAGGAGGGACUAGGAGAAAUUACUGUAAUCUGUAGUUAUCGGCUUGAUCCACAUUACCUGCUCAUUAAUCCUACAACUCAUGACUUUAUUUUUUUUACCUUCAAACACAUGACUGGGGUCGAAACGUACCUCGCCCUUUUCUUGAUCAUAAAACCGGUCCUAUGCUGAUAAACAGACUUUCUCAUACAUGGUCUUCUUCUUUUUUCAUAAGGAAGAGAAUGGUGUACGAGAAAUCUGAUAUUAUUUACAUUUAGUUAUUGAAAACCCAUUCGAAGACAGAAAUGUGCAUUGCGAUAGCGGUGCCGAGCAUAGUUCAGAGUUCGCAUGGGGUGCGUUCAGACCCUAAUCAUGAGUUCUAGGGUUAAACGAAUUGAUGAGUGCAGAAAACCGAAAAUAACACUGACCUCGUCGUCACACAGAUUCCCACAGGUUUAAUAGUCUUUAGAUAGCUUUAAUCAACACUUUGUGUACUUCGAUUCGAUUAAUUAGUAUACUGACAUUUCUUUGUCUUCGUGUCACGGUAUUCAUUGAUAUUCAUAAGUGUACAUAGAUCUAAGUACAAUUAGAUUGUGAUAAUUUUUAUUUUAAUAUUACUUGUAAAUACGGUUUCUUUCUUACCUCACAUGCGAUUUUUCUGAUACUCUGAGCCCACUAGCAUCGUUUUUUCAUUAUGUACAUCAUACAUAUCACCUGUUAUUAAUCUGUAAGUUCGUAUACGUUAGAUCAGCGUGAGAAAAUAUAAACAUUUUUUCCCUGUAUUUACUUAUUUAAUGUCAAGAGCGUCUUUACCUUACUGAAAUAUGUAAUACUGAACGCAUACAAGCGUGCCAAGAGAGAGUGCUAGCAAACGGAUGAUCUAUCUCUCCUUACGACCCGUGGUAAAGUUGUACGUAUAUCUGAAACCGGUGAUCUAUCUCUGUUCUUACCACUUGGGAUAUGCUUAUAUGAUGAUAUUUAACACGAUAUGCUUUGCUACUACAGUAACCAUGUGGGUAGUGCACGUUGUAGUUAGUGUAUAUUUCAGUGGUCUCACUUGCUUCAAAUGUAAACAUUUUUUUCCUUGCGAAGAAGAUUAAUAUCCAGAGAUAAUGGAAAACUGUUCACUUUAACGGCGCUUGGAUUAACUUUACAUAUUACAUGUGAUCCGAAAUAAUUGCAUCUUUUUGUACAAGAUAUACUCUCGUAGAAUAUUGUACCAAUUGAUGCUUGGUGAUAUAUUUAUUACAAAGCUUUAACAGUUAGAGUUCUAUUUAUAACCACAGAUACAAACCAGGAGAAUGUAACUUAAUUUCUAUUCCUUCACAAAAAUCACAGUGGCAAAACUGAAAAACAUACUAAGAAGAUCUCACGAAACAAAUUCAAUCAAGGUACCUGAUGUGACCUCAUGCCUUGAGUUAACUGCUGUGGUAGUUGCAGCAUCAUUUGUGCCUCGGAGCUCUGAUUUGUGGCCAUGAAUCAUCAUACGUUAUACUUAUUUAUGAUGUUAUAAAGGUUUAUUUAAGAUUUAUACAUUUGUAAUUACUGUACACAGAUAAGUUAAUCUUAAAUCAAAUGUUAGAUUUGUUUUUGAAAGUAUUUAUUUAUUUCUUAAAUCGAACUUCAAUAAGUGCGGCUUUUAUAGUAGAAUGCAUUUAACCUGGCAUGUAAAAAUACAACUAAUCAAGUGUUAUUCUGACCUGAUAAAAGUUUUGAAUAAAAAAUUCAAUCUUUAAAUGAAACUCUGACAUCAAAUACUUCAGUUUUCCAAACCAUGCCAUUCAGGUUCUCUGCAAUGCUGAUCCCAUGCUCUGCGUGUUUGGUAAAAGAUUUUUAACAAACAUUGCUGAGAAUCAUUCAAUUCUUG